UAGAAAAUAUUUCAUGUUUUCCCUGGAACUGCUGCUUUUCCAUCAUUUGACUAACUGCUAGAGCUGUUGAUUUUCCUGUCAUUUUUUGUAUUUUAAUUCAUGCACAGCAAGCUUAUAGAGCAGACACGGAAAUGAAGACAAAAGCCCAAUGCUAUUAAAUAUUUUCAUGCCUUAAGAGGCUCUCUCAAGCAGUCCACUACUGCAAUUAACACACUUGAAAAUCUGCAGUUAAAGAUGUGUCCUGCACCUGCCUGUUGUUAGGGAGAUGGUCUUUACCUAAUCAACAAGUCUCAUGUGGACUCUGACUACAAAAAGUGCAAAUCAUUUCCAAAAAACUUUCUGACAGUUAAAAAUUUAAUCCUAUGUGAGGCACAGAAAGUCAUAUAAUCCUAGUGUAAGGUGAAAAGCAAUUUGACAGGGAAAAAAAGUAACAUUACUUCAGAGUCACCACCAAAGGACUUAGCACCUGUUUACAAAGCUUGGUUGUGUGGGUUUAAAAUAAAUCUCACUAAUACUUUGGGAGAAAUCAUGAUGCUAUUUGCUUCCUGGGAUAUAAAAAGAGAUUAAAAUGUCAGGAAAAGCAUCAAGUUUUCUAAGAUGCACUAUUUACUGAUAAUGGCUAAAUAACUUUCUCUCAUUACAAAGGAAAAUGAUUCUGUAGCAAAAUAUCCAUGGAUAUCCAGUGUGAGGAGCUCUGUCUUUAAAGCAGCAAUGCUUUUCCACUAGAAUAACUUGGGGAGAAGAAUUGCUCACACUUUUUCUCUUUCAAAUGAAACAAGGGCAAAAAGGUUGACCUUGAAUGUCACUUUUGUUACAGCAGCUCCUUCAGCUCUGUCACAAAGCCCCAGGUCACCAGGGCUCUGGAGCCCCAUUUCCCUGCACACCAGCACCAGCGCUGCUCUGGCUGCUGAACGUUUCCUGGGCUGGGCAGAGGAACACCAGGAGGGCUCCAAAAGAGUUUCCCAGUGCCCUGCCUGUCAAAACUCCAAGCCUGCAAUAUCAGAGCUGCUGCCUGUACUCCUGAGCGGUGUCCAGGGAAGAUCCUGCCCCAACCUGCACAACACUGAACUCCUUUUUCUUCACCUGAACUCUCUCUCCAUACAUCUUCACACUCUGCCCCUCCACAGGCACCACGGCAGAGCUCCUGCUGGGACACCACCUACGCCCUUUCCCUGCCCUGCAGCUGAUUUUCUGGGGAAGCUGAAUGUUGCAGUAAUUCCUCUUCUGCUUUUGAUCAUCUCAGUCAGAGAGGCAAAUGAAUAAACAGCACAAAGCAGUGAGAAUACAGGGGCAAGGGCACAGGAGGCCAGAGGGGAGCACAGAAGAAUAACUGCUCUAAAGAACCAGGAGAGGGGAGAGGAAGGGAGGGGAAGGAAGUGGCUGAGCAGCGCCUCAGGAAAUGAGGGAGGGUCUUACAGGAAAAACUUCUGCAGGACCAACAGAAUCAAGCAGAGCUGCACCUACACUGCACAGUAAGAGAUCAGCUCACAGCUCCCACCUGGAUGUGUGUCAGUGCUUCAGUUCAACACCUGUGUGACUUGGCAAUAAGGUUCUUGAAAAUGAUCUGCACAACCUCCUAUUUACCCCUGAGCAAGGAUUCUCACAGAGGCAGUGCCUGAUGCAAGGUAAGCCCACACUCUUCAUUUCUCUGUUUGCAUUCCUGCAGUUAAACCUUGAAUGUGCCCCUAAAGUGUUAGAAAAGAUCAGACUCGCUUACAAACUGAUGCUGUUCAUAAUGAGUUAAAGAUUUCAGGGGAGGUGGAGUUGUUUUAGUACUCUUCAGGACUUACAAGCAUUUGGUGUGUUUGCAACAAGAUGUGUUUUGUUUUCCUGGUCAGGAGCUGAAAAAUAAGAUUAUGAGAGAGGAGAAAAGAACAUCUGACCUUUCCUAAGCACUGCAAUUUUUGUCACCUGCAAUUUUUGUACCUUCCAUUACAUCCACACAGCACUGUCAGCAUGUACAUGACUGGAAAGAUGAGCUCUAAAUCCUCCUGAAAAGUUCAAGUCCACAGGCUUUCCGCUGCAGGCUCCAGGUGUAAACCCGGGAGCUGGAAGAGGCACUUCCCUCCCGCAUUUUGGGCGGGCAGCAGGGGAGGUGGUCCAGCCGCACGAUGACAGAUUAUGCAAAUACUCGCGGAGCACGGGAUCGAUCGGGGCGGCGGGAGAGGAUCGCGGCUCAUCUCCGAACCAGCCUCCGCCGCGGCUCCUCGCCGAGCAUCGCCCCUCGGCCGGAAUGACAUCAGAGCAGCUCCGAGCCCUUGCAAGUCUGCGGGCUGAGUAGCGGCAGCGAUCGGCCGCUGCUGCCAAGCACAGCCCUGCGAAGCCGCCUCGCUGCUCCCGGAGAUCCGCGGGAGCCGGAGGCUGACUCCGGCACUCGGGAGCGCGGCGCCGGCGGCAGGACCGCGAGCAGCGGCUCCCGGGCCGAUUCCAGAGCUCUCGCAGCCUUUCUGCCGGAGCCUGGCGGCUCCCCGGCGUAAUCCCCGUGCCCAAGAAGGAAGCUGCACUGGGAACGCUGUGCUGAGCAGAGGUUUGCAUCGUUCCAGCUGGCUGCUCGCUCUGAAAGUGCUUCUAAAAGGACAGGCCGGGUACAAACGAGAUGUGACUGUGCCGGUGGAGUUUGGUGACUGGGGCCGGAGCAGGAAGAGCCUUCCUGGGAUGCUGCUGAGAGCUGCUGGCAACGGAGAACUCUGCCUGGUUCACCUGGAGCCCUGUGACAAGCUUGGAAUAGCAGGCGUCUCUUGGCUGCACGCUAGGAAGAGAAAUUCUUCUCUAGAUAAUGUUAAGAGUCCUCUUCAUUGAUUAUUGGCAGCUGUUGCAUUCUGAGAAAACCUCUUGGAAGUUGUCUUUCCGGAUCCUUUGACUUCCCGCUCCGACAGCCUUACAGCCUCCCCGAACGCUUCAUAAAUGCACUGCAAUGGUCACAUGAACACCUUGGAAGAGGAACCUCCGCAGCUCCUCGUUCCCAUGGCACUUUAGGAGGAGCACCUGGAAGAGCGGCAAGUCCAGCAGGAGCUGGAAGCCCUGCCAAAGAUGAAUCUCAUCGGGAAGCUCCGCAGAAGCUUCCGAACGCUGGUCAUUCUCCUGGCCACCUUCUGCUUGGCAAGUAUUGUCAUCUCUGCCUAUUUCCUCUACACUGGCUACAAGCAGGAAAUGGCCCUCGUGGAAACCACUGGGCAAGCGGAGUGCGAGGACCUCAAACUUCUGCCCUACAGGUCUGCAGAGCUGAGAACACCUAAGCCGAUCGAUCCCUCUAGGACUGACCCCACUGUGCUCCUGUUCGUGGAAAGCCAGUACUCCCAGCUGGGCCAAGACAUCAUAGCCAUCCUCGAGUCCAGCAAGUUUCAGUACCACAUGGUCAUUGCACCAGCCAAGGGGGACAUUCCCCCUCUCACAGACAACGGGAGAGGGAAGUACACAAUCGUUAUAUACGAGAAUAUUUUAAAGUACGUGUCCAUGGACUCGUGGAAUAGAGAACUUCUGGAAAAAUACUGUGUGGAAUACAGUGUUAGCAUAAUUGGUUUUCAUAAAGCCAACGAGAACAGCUCCCCGAGCAGCAGACUGAAAGGGCUGCCGUUACAGCUGUACAACAACGUGGCCCUCCGGGACUGUGUGGUGAACCCUCGCUCGCCCCUGCUGCGCAUCACCAAAGCACCCAGGGUGGAGCAGGGCCCCCUGCCCGGCGAGGACUGGACAGUGUUCCAGUUCAACCAUUCCACCUACCAGCCCGUGCUGCUGAGCGAGCUGCAGCCCGCCAGGCCCACCCCCGCCACGCUGCCCCGGGCCGCUCUCUAUGCAACCGUCAUCCAGGACCUGGGCCUGCACGACGGCAUCCAGAGAGUCCUCUUUGGGAACAACCUGACCUUCUGGCUCCACAAGCUCAUCUUCAUCGACGCCAUCUCCUUCCUGUCAGGAAAGAGGCUGACGCUCUCCUUGGAGAGGUACAUUCUGGUGGACAUCGACGACAUCUUUGUCGGGAAGGAGGGGACGAGGAUGAAUGUCAACGAUGUGAAGGCUUUACUAGAGACUCAAAAUUUACUGCGCACUCAGGUUGCCAAUUUUACCUUCAACCUUGGAUUUUCAGGAAAAUUUUACCACACAGGGACUGAGGAGGAGGAUGAGGGCGAUGACCUGCUGCUGAGAUCUGUGGAUGAGUUCUGGUGGUUUCCCCACAUGUGGAGUCACAUGCAGCCACACCUCUUCCACAACGAGUCCUCGCUGGUGGAGCAGAUGAUCCUCAACAAGGAGUUUGCAAUGGAGCACGGCAUCCCCACGGGCCUGGGCUACGCGGUGGCUCCGCACCACUCGGGGGUGUACCCAGUGCACGUGCAGCUCUACGAGGCCUGGAAGAAGGUGUGGCACAUCCGUGUGACCAGCACAGAGGAGUACCCACACCUGAAGCCUGCACGGUACAGACGGGGCUUCAUCCACAAUGGCAUCAUGGUGCUCCCUCGACAGACCUGUGGCCUUUUCACUCACACUAUUUUUUACAAGGAGUAUCCUGGCGGUCCUCAGGAGCUGGACAAAAGUAUCCGAGGGGGUGAACUGUUCCUCACCAUUCUCCUGAACCCUAUCAGCAUUUUCAUGACCCACCUGUCCAACUACGGGAACGACCGCCUGGGCCUCUACACCUUUGCCAACCUUGCCAGCUUUGUCAAGAGCUCCACAAACCUGAGGCUGCAGACGCUGCCCCCCAUGCAGUUGGCUCACAAGUACUUCCAGCUCUUCCCGGAGCAGACAGACCCCCUCUGGCAGAACCCGUGUGACGAUAGGCGACACAGGGAUAUUUGGUCCAGAGACAAAACUUGCGACCACCUGCCCAAAUUCCUGGUGAUAGGACCCCAGAAAACAGGAACAACAGCCCUUUAUUUAUUCCUUCUGAUGCAUCCUUCCAUUAUCAGCAAUCUCCCCAGUCCAAAAACUUUUGAGGAAGUUCAAUUCUUCAACGGCAACAACUACCACAAGGGAAUUGACUGGUACAUGGAAUUCUUCCCCGCUCCUUCCAACGCCACCACCGACCUCCUAUUUGAGAAAAGUGCCAACUAUUUCCAUUCUGAGGAAGCUCCCAGGAGAGCUGCUGCCCUCAUCCCCAAGGCCAAGAUCAUCACCAUCCUCAUCGACCCGUCGGACCGCGCGUACUCCUGGUACCAGCACCAGCGCUCCCACGAGGACCCCGCUGCCCUGAGGUUCAACUUUUACGAGGUCAUCAACAGCGGCCCCCGGGCGCCGCCGGAGCUGCGGGCGCUGCAGAGGCGCUGCCUGGCGCCCGGCUGGUACGCGCUGCACAUCCACAGGUGGCUCUCGCACUUCCCGCCCUCCCAGUUGCUCAUUAUUGAUGGACAGCAGCUGAGAAGUGACCCUGCCACUGUGAUGGAUGAAGUGCAGAAGUUUCUGGGAGUCUCUCCUCAUUACAAUUACUCUGAAGCCCUAACGUUUGACCCACAGAAAGGCUUCUGGUGCCAGUUAUUGGAAGGAGGGAAAACAAAGUGCCUGGGGAAAAGCAAAGGUCGGAAAUACCCACCAAUGGACCAAGAGUCCCGAGCGUUUCUGUCGAGCUACUACCGAGAGCACAACGUGGAGCUGUCCAAGCUGCUGCACAGGCUGGGCCAGCCGCUGCCCUCCUGGCUGCGGCAGGAGCUGCAGAAGGUCAGGUAGCACCGGGGGCACCCGGCCAGGCGCCUUCCUGCCCGCUCAGACCCCCCCGCUCCUCCGGCUCACUCGGCAUCGUCAGGACAGGACCUCACGGACCCCGCUCUUCCCAGCGAAACCGGACAAACCGCAAGAGAAUAAGUAGAAAAGCCCCAAACCCGAGCCCGACGGGUGUCGGUAUGCCCGUGCUGCCCGCGGAGCGGCGCCGAGCCCUUUUGCCGGCUCCCGGGAAAGCGCACGGCGCCCGCGGCACCCCCUGCGGGAAUCCAGAGCGGGAGCCGCGCCGAGCCUCGCCGCUCCCUGCUCCGGCGAGCCCCGGAAACCCUGCGUGGGACGGACGGACACCGCUUGGACAAACUGCAGUCUGUCAGGACACGGGCAAAGGAUGGGAACGUCUCUCGCUGGACUGGGAGUUCAUCCUUUUAGUGUGACUGCAAAGGUGUGGACCUGCCCACGGACUCAAUUCCUCCAUCACUCUCCUCUCUAGAAAAGCUGCCAGAAAGAAGUAAGGAUUUGCAAGCAACACAGAUUCUGAAGUGUUCGGUGCUCCAGUGACUGGAUAACUUUUAUAAGACUUACUAUGAUUUCUGUAGUAUUUCAGAACAAAGGACAUCCUGUUGAUAGAGCUGAGGAAAAACUUCACUGUCUUGCCCAAGCUCUUUUUUUUAAAACUUUUUCUUUUCCCUCCCAUGUGACGACAACAAAUCCAGUUGAACAAAUACUUGGUGUUGAAGCAGAAGGAAUUAAAAUAAAUUUUGAUCACUCAAAGUAUUUUUGUUGUGGGGGUGGGGGUGGUGAGGGCGGUCAAGGGCUGUACUUGCUGGAAUUGUUUUGAAUAAUUGAUGUGCACACAGCUGAUGUUGGGUUCUUCUCACUGCCACAGAAUAAACACUUCUGGUGGUGUAUUACAGAGACAGCUUUGCUUCAUUCCUGAAACCCUCCUUCCCCUUUCCUGAGCCAAAAUCUGCCCUUCAACAGCUUCUGCCAUGUAUUUCAAACCGUGCACCUUCCCAGCUCCUCCUGCCUCAGCAUCUCCCCGAGGCUUCCACCUGCCCUCAGCA